AUGACCGCGCUGCCUAUGCUGCUGACGGCGCAGCUGCUGGCGGCUGCCGUGCUCGCGCUCACGCUCGUCUGGGUGCUGCACUUUCGUGGAGGCGUCUCAUGGAAGCCGACAUCCAAAUCUCUCUUCGUCUAUACGGCACACCCUCUGUUCAUGGUGAUCGGCUUUAUCAUCUGCACCGGAGAAGCGGUGAUGGCGUACAGGAUCGUGCUGGGCCCGACGGCGGCCAAGAAGGCCGUGCACCUGCUGCUACAUCUCGUAGCCCUCGCCUUCGCCGCCGUCGGCCUGUACGCCGCCUUCAAGUUCCACCAUGACAACGGCCUCCCUGAUAUCCGCUCCCUGCAUUCUUGGCUCGGGAUUGCCACCAUAGCGCUCUAUGCUCUUCAGUGGCUGGUGGCAUUCGUGUACUUUGUCUUCCCCAGGGCCGUGAUGACGAUGAGGGCGGACUAUGCUCCAUGGCACAUCUUCUUCGGCCUCGCCAUCUUCCUCAUGGCCAUUUGCACUGCCGAGACCGGCCUGGCCAAGUUCGUCUCCGCCUCCAUCGUUUACCCGAGCGAAGUGUUUGCCAUCAACUUCACCGGGAUCGCCAUCCUCAUGUUUGGCGUCGUUGUCAUCUUGGCUGUCAUCCUUCCGUCAAGAUACUAG